AUGGGUCUCGGGAUCCUGGAGGACAAACAUCUCCAACAUGUUCCAGGCACGGCCACACUCGAUGACCUCGACCCACUGUCCUCUGCUCCCCGUCACAACAACGUAAAGCAUAGCAAAGACGGAACUGUACUCGUCCCUCAGCCCAGCGAUGACCCGAACGACCCCCUCAACUGGCCGCUCUGGCGACGAGAUGUCAUCACCCUUAUCCUCUGCCUCCUGUCUGUCAUCGCGUCGACGCUGUCGCCCUUGCUCGCCGCCAACACCCUGACACUGACGCUGUACUUCGAGCGAGGAUUCACAGACAUUGCCCUUCUGACGGGCUGGCAUUUGCUGGGAGUAGGCAUAUCAGGCUUCAUCUUCGUCGCCAGCGCAAGAGUCUUUGGCAAGCGCCAUCUAUACCUCCUCGGGACCAUCAUAAUCGUGAUAAGCUCAGCAUGGGGCGGCGCAAGCAACCACAACUAUAAGUCGUUGGUCGCGGCGCGAGUCUUCCAGGGUGUGGGACUGGCUCCGUUCGAAGCUCUGGUCAACGCCAGCGUGGGCGACCUGUAUUUUGUCCAUGAGCGCGGCAAGCGCAUGGCCCUCAGCAAUCUGAGCUUAUUUGGCGGAGCCUUCUUUACGCCCGUCAUCGUGGGCAAGAUGACCAGCACGCUCGGCUGGCAGUGGACGUUCUACUUCAUCGCCAUCUUCGCCGCCGCCAUGCUGCCUCUGGUCAUCUUCUACGUCCCGGAAACAGCUUUCGUCCGAGACUCCCACUUCAACACCGACAUCACCCACCGUGAAGACAUCCAGUUCCCGAAGGAGGACACCGAACUCCACCCUCCCAAUUCUUCUGGCAGCGAGUUCUAUCCUCAUCAACCACAUGCCGCCCCUCCUGUCAUCUCACGCCAAAAUCUUCGCAUCUUCACCGGACUCAAGACGGACGAGAACUUCUUUCAGCUCCUCCUUCGUCCCUUCCCGCUCUUCUUCCAUCCCGGCAUCCUCUGGGCUUGCCUAAUCCAAGGCACGCUCAUCGGCUGGACUGUCCUGAUCGGCAUCGUGCUUGCCGCCAUCAUGCUCGGUCCACCCCUCUUCUUCAACGAAGUCAAGACCGGCUACAUGUACACAGGCGCGUUCAUCGGAGCUCUGAUCGGCUUCGCCCUCGCUGGCGUUCUGGCUGACCGGUCCGCUCGCUACCUCACCAAGCGCAACGCAGGCGUAUACGAGCCGGAGUUCAGGAUGAUCCUCGUCAUCCCACAGCUCAUCCUCGGCUGCGCGGGACUGUACGGCUUCGGUAUUACGGCCGCGGAUACGGCGCGGUAUGGCUGGUUCUGGCCUGAUUUCUUCUUUGCGCUCGAGGUGGCCGGUAUGGUGCUGGGUGCUGUCGCCAGCGCGCUGUACGUGGUAGAUGCGCAUCGGGACAUCGCGGUGGAGGCCUUUACCUGCCUGCUGGUUUUCAAAAACAUUUUCAGCUUUGGUUUGACCUGGAGUGGGUUCGGGUGGUUGAACCAUAGCGGGAUCAAGCCGGUGUUCUAUGGCGUGGCGAGCGUGCAGGUCGGGGUGUGUUGUUUGACGGUCCUGAUGUAUAUAUACGGGAAGCGAAACCGGUCUUUCUUCGCGCGGCACGAUAUCCUCCGUAUGCUGUACUUGCGAUAG